AUGGAUGACUUGAAUCUGCACUACCGGUUCCUGAACUGGAGGAGGAGGAUCCGGGAGAUCCGGGAGGUGCGGGCUGUCCGCUAUCAGGAGAGAUUCAAACACAUUCUCGUCGACGGGGACACACUGAGUUACCAUGGGAACUCUGGGGAGGUUGGCUGUUACGUUGCCCCCCGCCCACUGACCAAAGACAACAACUACUUUGAGGUGUCGAUUGUGGACAGUGGUGUGCGGGGGACCAUCGCCGUGGGCCUCGUGCCGCAGUAUUACAGCCUGGACCAUCAGCCGGGGUGGCUGCCUGAUUCCGUGGCCUACCAUGCUGAUGACGGCAAGCUCUACAAUGGCAGAGCGAAGGGCCGGCAGUUUGGGACGAAGUGCAGCUCGGGGGAUCGGAUCGGCUGCGGGAUUGAGCCGGUUUCUUUUGAGGUCCAGACGGCCCAGAUAUUCUUCACCAAGAACGGAAAGAGGGUUGGCUCCACCAUAAUGCCGCUGUCCCCGGACGGGCUCUUUCCUGCCGUGGGGAUGCACUCGCUGGGAGAAGAGGUUCGGCUCCACCUUCACGCCGAGCUGGGCAACGAGGAGGACGACAGUAUCAUGAUGGUGGACAGCUAUGAGGACGAGUGGGGCCGGCUUCACGACGUGAAGGUCUGCGGCACGCUCCUGGAGUACGUGGGCAAGGGAAAGAGCAUCAUCGACGUUGGGCUGGCCCAGGCAAGGCACCCCCUGAGUACCAGGAGCCACUACUUUGAGGUGGAGAUCGUAGACCCCGGGGAGAAGUGCUAUAUCGCGCUAGGCCUGGCCCGGAAGGACUACCCGAAAAACCGCCAUCCCGGCUGGAGCAGAGGAUCUGUGGCCUACCAUGCAGAUGACGGGAAGAUCUUCCACGGGAGCGGCGUGGGCGACCCCUUCGGGCCCCGGUGCUACAAGGGCGACAUUAUGGGCUGCGGGAUCAUGUUCCCGCGGGAUUACAUCCUUGACAGCGAAGGUGACAGCGACGACAGCUGCGACACCACAGACCUGAAGCCCAAGCUGCGAGGCGUGCGGAAUGUCAUGUACCUGCACCAGGAGGUGGAGGAGGAGGAGGAGGAAGAGGAAGAGGACGGGGAAGAGAUGGAGCAGGAGCACGAAGGGAAGAAAGUGGUGGUGUUCUUCACACGCAACGGGAAGAUCAUCGGCAAGAAGGACGCGGUGGUGCCGGUCGGCGGCUUCUUCCCCACCAUCGGCAUGCUGAGCAGCGGGGAGAAAGUCAAGGUGGACCUCCACCCGCUCAGCGGCUAG